AUGAACCGAGUCCGGAGACUAUUCUCGGACGGUGUGGCCUACGAGCCGCUAGACGAUUCCGCGGAGGUAGAUGCUGGCGAGCAUGUACACGACCAGGAGAGAGCGCCGCCUCGCUUUUCGCGGCUGGAAUAUAGCGUCUUCUUUCUCCUGGGAGUGUCGAUGCUAUGGGCAUGGAACAUGUUCUUGGCCGCCUCAACUUACUUUUACAGUCGCUUCGAGUCAGAUGAGUGGACUGCGACACAUUACCAACCUUCGAUCCUUACGGUCUCUACCCUCACGAAUCUCGGGACCGUGUACACUUUCGCAAGAAUUCAGAAGCGCGUCUCGUAUCCGUGGCGUAUCACGCUCUCGCUGCUAGUAAACUGCUUCGUCUUCACCCUGCUGGCAUUCUCGACCAUUGCUCUGAAAGAUAUCUCGGUGCGCGCAUACUUUGGGUUCUUGAUGGUGAUGGUCUUUGGCGCCAGCUUUGCCGCCGGGCUGAAUCAGAAUGGUGUCUUUGCAUACGUCUCCGGGUAUGGCAGAGAGGAGUAUACGCAAGCCAUCAUGGGUGGACAGGGCGUUGCGGGUGUGCUUCCCUGCAUUGCCCAAAUUGUCUCUGUACUGGCGGUGCCAAAAGUGAGCAGCGACGGGCAAGGCCGGGACGGCAUGCAGGGGUCGUCAUCGAAGUCGGCAUUCAUCUACUUCUUUACGGCAACGGGCGUGUCAGUCUUGACGCUACUCGCUUUCCUCUAUCUUCUUAGGAACCGGCCAAACCCCAAGCAAAAGGCAACUGAUGAGGAUGAAGAUACUCCUCUUGCUGACCGUACCGAUGAUAAAGCGGUCAGCUUGUGGACGCUGUUCAAGAAACUGCGGUAUCUGUCGCUUGCCGUCUUCGUGUGUCUCCAGGUCACGAUGAUGUUCUUCCCUGUCUAUACCUCCAGGAUCUUGUCGGUCAACGACCCAGCAUCGUCCCGGAUGUAUGACACAACGGUCUUCAUUCCCCUAGGAUUCCUAUUCUGGAAUAUUGGCGAUCUCGGGGGAAGAUUGGCCGUUGCUUACCCCGGGUUCUCUCUGGCACAUCGUCCUCGGUUGGCCUUCAUUCUGACCGUAGCACGUGUCAUUUUUGUCCCUCUAUAUCUGCUUUGCAAUAUUGAUGGCAAGGGAGCUGCCGUGAAGAGCGACUUCUUCUAUCUCUUCGUCGUGCAACUGCUGUUCGGUGCCACCAAUGGGUAUUUAGCAUCGAGUUGCAUGAUGGGCGCGAGUGUGUGGGUAUCAGCAGAUGAACGAGAAGCUGCAGGAGGAUUCAUGAGCAUGAUGCUCAUUGCAGGACUGGCCGCCGGUAGCUUCUUGAGCUUCAUCGUGGCUAGCUAA